CUAUAAUAUUGUAUUUUGAUCGUGUGUAAGUUUCUGUAAAUGGUAGUCUACGUUAUAUCGUGUGAAUCUUUCUUUUACUAUCACCAAUUUUGCGAUUUGUUGGGCAAGUAGUUUGUGGCCGGCACUUUGCAUUACAUGAAAAUGCGAAAACUGAUUUCUUACUCAUCUACAUUUUUAUGAGUUUGUAGCAUUGUGUGAUUGACCGUCAGUGUUGUCUAAAACAUUCGUAGAGGAAUAAUAUUCGUAUUUUUCCCGUUUUCGUUCAUUGAAGAAUACAGUAUCUGAAAAAUGGUUGUACGUCAGUUCAACGAUGAAAUGAAGUAUUUGGAGAAAAUAAAUCCAUAUAGCUGGCGGAUAAAAAUUGGAUUUCAGCCAAAUAUGAACGUUGAAGGUGUCUUCUAUGUGAACAACCAACUGGAGAAGCUGAUGUUGGACGAGCUGCGCAAUGCCUGUCGCCCGGGAAUGGUGGGGGGCUUCCUGCCCGGGGUAAAGCAAAUAGCCAAUGUUGCAGCCUUGCCUGGUAUUGUGGGUCGGUCUGUUGGCCUUCCUGACGUCCACUCUGGCUACGGAUUUGCAAUUGGUAACAUGGCUGCUUUUGACAUGGGUAAUCCCAAGUCUGUGGUAUCUCCAGGAGGAGUAGGAUUUGACAUAAAUUGUGGAGUUAGACUUCUGAGGACAAAUCUGCACGAGAAGGAUGUUCUGCCAGUUAAAGAGCAGCUGGCUCAGAGUAUGUUUGACCACAUACCUGUUGGUGUUGGCUCCAAAGGUAUCAUCCCAAUGAAUGCCAAAGAUUUGGAGGAAGCACUAGAGAUGGGAAUGGACUGGUCAUUACGUGAAGGCUACAUCUGGGCAGAAGACAAGGAGCACUGUGAAGAGUACGGCCGCAUGCUGAAUGCAGACCCCUCCAAAGUGAGCAUGCGGGCGAAGAAGCGGGGCCUGCCACAGCUCGGGACGCUGGGGGCCGGCAACCACUACGCGGAGAUCCAGGUGGUCGACGAGAUCUACGACAAGUGGGCAGCAAGCAAGAUGGGCAUUGAGCAUCAAGGGCAGAUAUGUGUCAUGAUCCACUCUGGGAGCAGGGGGUUCGGUCACCAAGUUGCUACAGAUGCUCUGGUGCAGAUGGAGAAGGCCAUGAAGCGCGACAACAUCGAGACCAAUGACAGGCAGCUGGCGUGUGCACGCAUCAACUCCCCCGAGGGCCAGGACUACCUCAAGUCCAUGGCUGCAGCUGCCAACUUUGCCUGGGUCAACCGCAGUUCCAUGACAUUCCUCAGCCGGCAGGCGUUUGCAAAGCAGUUCCACCUGACUCCGGAUGACUUGGACAUGCACGUUAUCUACGAUGUGUCCCACAACAUUGCCAAGGUAGAGGAGCACAUUGUCGAUGGGAAGCAGAAGACUCUGUUAGUUCACAGGAAGGGCUCAACCCGAGCGUUCCCGCCCCACCACCCGCUGAUCCCCGUGGACUACCAGCUGACGGGCCAGCCCGUCCUGAUCGGGGGGACCAUGGGCACCUGCAGCUACGUCCUCACCGGCACCGAGCAGGGCAUGCAGGAGACCUUCGGCUCGACGUGCCACGGGGCGGGUAGGGCUCUGUCUAGAGCAAAAUCUCGCAGAAAUCUGGACUACCAAGAUGUGUUGAACAAGCUGGAGGAAAUGGGUAUUUCUAUAAGGGUAGCGUCACCGAAACUUGUGAUGGAGGAAGCUCCAGAGUCGUACAAGAAUGUCACUGAUGUGGUUGACACUUGCCAUGCUGCAGGCAUAAGCAAGAAGUGCAUCAAACUGAGACCUAUCGCUGUCAUUAAAGGUUGAAGUCACUGCAAAGUCAUGAUGAAGUGGACAGUAUUGGAGGUAGCUACAGUAAAUGUGGUUCUCUCUCCCAACAAGCUACGUAAAUUCUGAAGCGUCAAAUGUAAAUUUCUAUACCGUACUACUGUGAAUGAACUUUACAUAAUGAUUUUUUUAAGCUUAACUUAUAGAUGAAAAUUAUGUACUUUUGUUAUGAGUAUUCAUAAUAUCAUAUGAUAAUUAUAUUAUCAUGAUCUUAAAUUAUAACGAAAAUUUCCAUGUUAAUUUAUCUAAUUAUUCUGUAUUUUCUUGAUUUUUUUAGUGUUCAUUCAUGUUUAAUUAUAAUAAAUUGUCCUAAUAUCCUGAA